AUGAGUGGCGAAACGAUAUUCGAAGCACCAAGAAAAUAUAAUGUGUCACAAAUCCGAGUGCAUGAUUAUUUAUACGAUUCGGCGUAUAUCGUGUCUGGAGCUCGUGAUUAUGCAAGAACGGCGUUUAAAGCCGCCAUGGCGUCAGCGCAAGUGGUCAUCCAGCCAGUUUAUAAGACCAUGUUCUCCGAGCUACGCAAAUUCCCAAGAAUGAGAGUUGUGUAUCAUCCAAACUGUAGACUCCCUCAUCACGUAGACCGGUCGUAUGGUGCAUAUCUUCGUAAAGUGAGCGAAGCGAGAAAUGUGCCCCCACCACAUCUGACCGGGAAGGAUAGGUUCAAGUUUGGUGCUGUCCCAAAGAAGCUGCUUGCUGUACCAUGUGCGACACCGGAUUUUCAACCACCUACUCCUGCGUGCACAGUGGGACCAACGAGACCAAGGAACAGGGCGACGCAGAGUCUGUAUAGGGAAUCUUCAGCUCAAACGAUACCGUGGCAACCGGAAGCGAGACCGGCGGAAUCAUGCCAGGAAACACCGGAAGUUGUCUAUCUUGACAAUUUACAAUGGGGCCCGGGAAAGCCCUACCGAGUUGGGGAUUUGCCCGCCGACUUUCAUACCACGGAGAUUAUCAACAAAAUGCGUCAUGCCCGUAAAUGGACCCAGUUGAUUGAGAAAGGUCAGUUCCCGAGAUGGAUGAAACGCCAGGAUGCUAUCAUCACAGACAUCGAAACCAAGGAUUGGAUAUUCAGAGAGGCGGAAAUAGACGAACUGCAAGACAUCCGGCUGUCUCUCUUGCACAAGCAGCAAAGUGAGAAACGAGAGAGGCAGACAACACGUGUUGGUAAGAAGCUGGCGAAAUUAUGGGCGUGUAAGAAAGCUGAUAUGGAGAGGAAGAUUGAUCAUAUUCGCCUGACCAGAGAUAGAGAAAUGCGCAAACUCAAAGCCCUACAUAGUAUGGGCGGUCGGGCAGGUUUAGUCGAAGCAAAACGAGCAGCUCGGGGUGGAGGAGACCCGGUAGCAGCGGCUGUAGAUCCUACUUCCGAUUUGCGAGCACCCCGCGCCAGACACGGGUACCAGGCCAAGAGGAGGCACGCGGAAAUUGUCUAUGAUCCAAGAUUAUUGUCAUUAGAAGACCACCUUGCUGUUGCUGCUCCGCCAGCCUGGCUGGAGCAGUGUGGCCAAAACUUAGGUAGGACAUGUUCUGGUCAUCACCUGCCAAGAAACACGACCCAGCUCUGUGAAAGGGAGACCAAGUGGAGCGAAGAAUUCCUUGAAAGCCUUCACAAUGAUCUAAAGAAGGCUCGUCUCGGUGCUGUAUCUCACACUGCGGGUCCUCUGCGUGUGUUAAAACCACGUCGGGUUGUGGUAACCCCACGACCUCCCACUCCCGAAGUGGAGGAAGUGCCUGACGAUGACGAGAUAUCCCACCAAGCAGCCCUGACGCUGCAGAGGAUUAUCAGGGGACGGGCCGUGCAGAAUUUGAUGUAUGAAGGACGUACCAGGGCAGCAGAACUUACAGAGGAAUUGAAAACAACGCACGGUUUACAAAAAGAAGAUCGCGCAAGAAUUGCUAGAGAGGAAGCAAAAGCCAGGGAUCAUGACGCUUUGAGAACAGAGGCUGAAGCUAAGGAAGACGCAGUUACAGCAUUAGUUGAAGAGUUGUGUGGUGGGGCUGUAUCAGCUGCCUUGGACUUCCUAGAAAAGGAGUUGAGACGACUGAAGGAAGAGAGAAGACAUCAUGCUUUUAUACUUAUCGCAUUACGCGAAAAGUCAAUGCGCGAGGCGGCUGAAGCUGGUCGAAGGCAGAAGGAAGAACAGAGGAGAAGAGAGCACGAUGAAAUGUUCAAACAGAUACUUGGAGUUACACAAGAGACGGUAGACGUCUACCUACAAGAGAUACUGCAGCAGGGCGUGGAAUUGGCAGCACAAGAGGAUGCUUUGAAGAAAGUGAAGUCUGAUGCUGAUAAAGUCGAUUUAAGUUUGAAGGAACAUGCUUCCAUGUCAACGGCGGAACAGAACGAGUUGGUUGCAGAUUUGGUACAGCAAUUCCUUCUGCCCGAGAUCCAUAAGUCAGCCAGUCGGAUGCAGAUAGCCGCGGUGCAGAAUUCAAGGAUGAAUGCAGCCAGGCACAGCAUCUUUGGGAUCCUGGAUGAGGCUGAAGAUAGAAGAGAACUAUGUACCCAAUGUGGAGAGCCACUUGGUGAUGUUUGUCGAUGUCAAGUCUGCCCGAUCAAACAAGAACCUGUUGAGACUACUGCAAGGAAAGACCGCAGAUGGAGGUACACUAGAAGUGAGUAUGCCAUGGUUAUAAUGGUCAAUUCUAGAUUAUGGUCAGAUCACGUCUGCCGUGAUCAAGAAGUUAAGACACGCGAUGAACGCUACACUCCUGCGCAUGACAUUCGCUGUUGGCUCAACGAAUUACUAUUUGAUGUAAUAACAAGAUCGCGUGAACAUCGCGAAGAAGUGGCAAAUGUUACAUGGGAUGUGAACCAGCUGUUACGGGAGAAGGUGGAGAUAGACUUGGAGUCACGGGAGAUUAUUGAUGAAUGUAUAGCAGUGGCGACCGGAGCACUUCAAAAGCCAGUCAAGGUGUCAGAUUAUCGACAUUAUAUGAAGGUGAUUAUUGGGGAAGCCCUGGACAGGAGCGAGCCAUUCAGACCCAAAGACCUCUGUUCCAAGGAGCUGCCAUCAGAGAUCCGUCGUAAGGCUGAAGAGGAACGGGCGUUAGCUGAUCCAUCCUGCAAGUGUUAUGAUGAAGUGCCAACCACAUCAGUGCAAUUUGCAGCUGUACCAGAAGAGGAAUCGAACCUGCUGCCAUCAGCACUCCGAAUCCUGGAAGAGAUGAGGCGGUGCAAGUGUGACACAGUCUCGUCAACCAGUGCUACUGAAAGAAGUCCACUCACAGACUACGAUGACGUUGAUUAUACGAUGGAUCCCACUGAACAGUCAGACACACACUUUGAUGAAGAUUAA